GAUUGACACGCCUUCCCCGCCGAGCCCUGAUUCACGUCCACUCGUGCUCGCUGGUGCUUUGGACUCGUGCAGCAGCAGAUCAUUGGUAUCAGCGCGAGAUGUCUCCUUUACAUGCGUCUAUAUAGCGGCUAAUUCGGUUUUAUAUACCUGGAAUUGCGAAGAACGGCGACUUCGCACCAUCCGGGAGCUUCAUCUGGUCCGAUUGAAGUCAAUCCAGCCUGUUUGGUGUAUUACACGGAUCAGUUCGGCGUCUGUAUUCAUGAUAUUUCGGGCAUUAUAUUGUUGAAUAUAACACAUAAUCAUGGCGAGUGACUCUCCUGCGAGGAGUCUGGAUGAGAUCGACCUGUCUGCUCUGCGGGACCCUGCGGGCAUAUUUGAGCUGGUGGAGCUUGUGGGAAAUGGGACCUAUGGACAAGUAUAUAAGGGACGCCAUGUUAAGACGGGCCAGCUCGCUGCAAUCAAGGUCAUGGAUGUCACAGGGGAUGAGGAGGAGGAGAUCAAAGCUGAGAUCAACAUGCUGAAAAAAUACUCCCACCAUCGAAACAUAGCCACCUACUAUGGUGCCUUCAUCAAGAAGAACCCACCUGGCAUGGAUGACCAGCUCUGGUUGGUGAUGGAGUUUUGUGGCGCUGGUUCAGUGACGGACCUGAUAAAGAACACCAAAGGGAACUCUCUAAAGGAGGAGUGGACAGCGUACAUCUGCAGAGAGAUCCUCAGGGGUCUGACCCACUUGCAUCAACAUAAAGUCAUCCAUCGUGAUAUCAAAGGACAAAACGUUUUGCUCACAGAAAAUGCGGAAGUCAAACUUGUUGAUUUUGGUGUGAGUGCACAGUUGGACCGCACCGUCGGUAGGAGGAACACUUUUAUUGGCACACCAUAUUGGAUGGCUCCAGAGGUCAUAGCCUGUGAUGAGAACCCAGACGCCACAUAUGACUUCAAGAGUGAUCUGUGGUCGCUGGGAAUUACGGCUAUUGAGAUGGCAGAAGGAGCCCCUCCGCUGUGUGAUAUGCAUCCCAUGCGCGCCCUUUUCCUCAUUCCCAGAAACCCAGCGCCCCGUCUCAAGUCCAAGAAGUGGUCUAAAAAGUUCCAGUCGUUCAUUGAAAGCUGUUUAGUGAAGAAUCACAAUCAGAGACCAAGCACUGAACAGCUCAUCAAACAUCCCUUCAUCAAAGACCUCCCCAACGAGAGACAGGUCCGAAUUCAGCUCAAAGACCACAUUGACCGGACCAAAAAGAAGAGAGGAGAGAGGGACGAGACAGAAUACGAGUACAGUGGAAGUGAAGAGGAGGAGGAAGAGCGAGACAUAGGAGAGCCGAGCUCCAUCAUAAACAUCCCUGGUGAGUCGACCUUGAGGCGGGACUUCCUGCGUCUGCAGUUGGCCAAUAAGGAGCGCUCCGAAGCCCUGAGAAGACAACAGCUAGAACAGCAGCAGAACGAGGAACACAAGCGCCAACUACUGGCCGAGAGACAGAAGCGCAUUGAGGAACAAAAAGAGCAAAGGAGGAGACUAGAGGAGCAACAGCGACGGGAGAGAGAGCUCCGAAAACAGCAGGAGAGAGAGCAGAGGAGGCGAUAUGAAGAGAUGGAGCAGCUCCGCAGAGAGGAGGAGAGGAGGCAUGCUGAGAGGGAGCAGGAAUAUAUCCGUCGGCAGUUAGAAGAAGAGCAAAGGCAGCUGGAGAUUCUUCAACAGCAGCUUCUCCAAGAACAAGCUCUUCUGCUGGAAUAUAAACGGAAGCAGCUGGAGGAGCAGCGGCAGGCUGAACGGUUGCAGCGGCAGCUGCAGCAGGAGAGGGCCUACCUGGUGUCGCUGCAGCAACAGCAACAAGAGCCACGGCCUGCUGACAAAAAACAACUGUACCACUACAAAGACUCUGUCAACCCUAGUGACAAACCGGCCUGGGCCAAAGAGGUGAUGGAGAGAGCUAAGAGUAACUCCCCUCGAAUCCCUCCCAAGAAGCACCAUUCGUUUAACGGUCCUGGAGAAAAACGUGUCGGCCACCUCCUCCCUCUUGACCUGAACCCCUCUAAUCAGCCCACAAGGCCCCCCUCCUACCCAGCAGCCUCCCACUCGAGAGAGAUGGAGCUGGUCGAGCCUCAGCUCAGGAUAGUCAGUGGGCCGAGUCCUAGAAUCCGUGUGUCUUGUGAGCCAGAUCCAUCCCAGCUGCUCAGGAUGGUCCAGCAGCAGCAUGAGCAAGAGUCCCGGGUCCGCAGUUCAGGUCCCUCCAGCAAAGGGGCUGAUAUUGAGAGAGACUUACAUGUCUCAAAGGUUGAGGAACGUUCCAAGCAGAACCGCCAGAGCUCUCCGGCUCUCCAGCACAAAGUGGCCAAUCGUAUUUCUGAUCCCUCCCUGCCUCCCCGCUCAGAGUCCUUCAGCAGUGGAGGCAUACAGCAGGCCCGGACGCCUCCCAUGCAUCGCCCGGUAGAGCCUCAGAUGGCGCACCUAGUUUCGGUGAAGUCCCAUGGCUCCUCCAUGACAGGAUCCCAGUCGCUGCAUGAUCAGUCCUCUCAGGGCGUCUCAGCCUUCCAAGAGGGUCUGUCACCUCACCGACCUCCAAUGCCUCGCCAGAACUCUGACCCUACGUCAGAAACCCCGGCCCCACCACCUCGCAUCACCAGCCGAGAUGACAAGUUUGACCGCAGCUCUUGGCUGAGACAGGAAGAUGAUGUCCCUCCAAAGGUGCCGCAAAGGACCACUUCCAUAUCCCCUGCGCUGGUGAGAAAAAAUUCUCCAGGGAAUGGGCCAGGUGGACUUGGACCAAGAACCGGAGCACAUCUGAUCCGAGCCAGUAACCCAGACCUGCGGAUUCCCAUGGAGUCGGCUCUCCAGAGAACCAGCAGUGGGAGUUCUUCCAGUUCUAGCACGCCCAGCUCUCAGGGCGGCUCCAGUGAGAGGAACCGGGUGGGAGGCUCCAGUAAACCUGAGGGAUCCCCAGCAGUGUCCCAAGAAUCCAAGGCCAAAAACCAGGAGGAGAACAGGGAGGUGACCAGACCCAGCCGACCAGCGGACCUCACUGCUCUGGCCAAAGAACUCCGCGAGCUACGAACCAAUGAGGAAACCAACCGGCCUCCCAGGAAAGUGAGAUAUUCCUCGUCCAGUGAAGAAUCAGAAAGCAGUGAGGAGGAGGAUGGAGAAGGCGGGGCUCAUGAUGGAACUGUGCCUGUUAGUGAUAUUCCACGCAUUAUGCCUUCUGCUGGCCAGGGUGGCACUGACUCAAUGGGCAACCAGGAGGAUUCUCAUGCCAAUGAUUCAUUUGGCAAAAAUUCACAAGACAGCACCCUAAUGAUGCGAGAGACGUUUGGGGAAAGAAAGCUCGGUCAUGCCGAGAGCAAUGGUUUCCCCGGUAACUCCAAUCUGCCCGAUCUAGUGCAGGAAAGCCACUCGCCUGGCGAGGGUCCUGGGCGGCAUUCUAGUGGGCUGGACCUGGACUCUGUGGCUGAAUUUGGAUCUAAAGCCUCCUUCACUCCUUUUGUGGACCCACGAGUGUAUCAGACUUCCCCCACAGAGGACGACGAGGACAACCCUGCUUCAGCUCAUUUUGCAGACGAGCUCCUGAGGCAGGAGCAGGAACAGGAACAAGCUCGACUGAAUGAGGCUCGGAAAAUUUCAAUUGUUAAUGUCAAUCCCACCAAUAUCCGGCCACACAGCGACACACCGGAAAUCCGCAAGUACAAGAAGCGCUUCAACUCUGAGAUCCUGUGUGCUGCACUAUGGGGAGUGAACCUGCUAGUAGGAACAGAAAAUGGGCUCAUGUUACUAGAUCGCAGUGGUCAAGGCAAAGUCUACAAUCUGAUCAACCGCAGGCGCUUUCAACAGAUGGACGUUCUGGAGGGUCUCAAUGUCCUGGUCACCAUAUCAGGCAAAAAGAAUAAACUGAGGGUCUAUUAUCUGUCAUGGCUCAGAAACAGGAUACUUCACAAUGACCCUGAGGUAGAAAAAAAACAAGGAUGGAUUACUGUUGGUGAUCUAGAGGGUUGUGUCCAUUAUAAAGUCGUCAAAUAUGAGAGGAUUAAGUUCUUGGUGAUUGCAUUGAAGAAUGCAGUGGAGAUUUAUGCCUGGGCUCCCAAACCAUACCACAAAUUCAUGGCUUUCAAGUCUUUCACAGAUCUUCAGCACAAGCCUCUGCUUGUGGACCUGACAGUGGAGGAGGGUCAGAGGUUAAAGGUUAUCUAUGGCUCCAGCGUUGGUUUUCACGUGAUAGAUGUCGACUCUGGGAAUCCAUACGAUAUCUACAUUCCAUCCCACAUUCAGGGCAGUGUUACCCCUCACGCCAUUGUGGUGCUUCCCAAGACCGACGGCAUGGAGAUGCUUCUGUGUUAUGAAGAUGAGGGAGUCUAUGUGAACACAUACGGCAGAAUCACUAAAGACGUGGUGCUCCAGUGGGGAGAGAUGCCCACCUCUGUUGCCUACAUCCACUCCAACCAGAUCAUGGGCUGGGGAGAGAAAGCCAUUGAGAUCCGCUCCGUGGAAACGGGACACCUCGACGGAGUUUUCAUGCACAAGCGAGCACAGCGACUGAAGUUCCUUUCGGAGAGAAAUGAUAAAGUGUUCUUUGCCUCGGUCAGAUCAGGAGGCAGCAGCCAAGUUUUCUUCAUGACCUUGAACAGAAACUCCAUGAUGAAUUGGUAAUUCAUUCCCGCCCUCCCCUGCAUUGUAUCUGUGGACCUUUUCUACUUUAUUGAAAAGUGUGACUAAAGGAAAGACAGGAAAAAUCCAGGUGCUCUGGAUAAUCUGGCAGAUGGCAAAAAGACCAAACCUUGCUGGGUCCUUCUCAGAAGAGUCAAAGACAAACCCAAAAUCCACACGCCCCCACAAACAGCAAGGGGUGCCGGAGGAGAACCACCAGUCUGCGUUGUUUUUAUGGCUCUUUCCUUAACAUAUGUGGGGUUCUGAUGUUUUUGUCCUUACAAAUAUGUAUCUAGAUUCUUCUGGAGGUAAAGACUGGAAAUAUGGGAAAUAAGACCCACAGAGUAGAGUGAAUAUUUGUACUGUUAAGACACUUUUUGACACAAUAAUUUAUCACGGUUGCGCUGAACGUCGGUGAACCUCCCUUGCGGGAUGAAUCCAUUGAGCCUGAUUUGUGUGAUCGACCCUUUUUCUUUUUUAUGUUUCAGCUUGGAAUGCACACAGAUGUUUGUGUCAUGUGAAAAUCACUCUAAUGUGUGAAUUGAAACUGAUAUUUAAGUCUUGUAUCAUACUUUAUGAAUUACCACAUUAUGUUGGAGCAGACACACUUCGGGCUGGCCACAGAAUGCCUUAAAAAUGAAUUUGCAAAGCUGCUCGUUUUUAUUUUUUAAGUCCAUAAUGAUGUUUAUGCAUUUUUCUGUAAGGAAAGGGAACAUGCUCAUUUUUUGGAUGGAAAUUGAUGCCUGCUGAUAUGGACAUAUAAUAGGAAAUAUAAAUGAUCCUGAAUAUUCAUACUGUGCAUUCCUUGUUUUAUGCCAAAGCUCUAUAGUAUUCACAUCACAUGAUUUGCACUGUUUUCCUUGUGCUCAGGGAGAUUGUGCUGUAAAACAGAACUUUUUUCAGUUUAUUUCUAUUGUCUCUGCAACGUAUUCAUGCAUAUUGUGGGUUAAAGGGAUAGUUGAUCAUAAAAUUCAAAUUCUCUUACUCUCCAUGUCAUUCCAAAACGGUAUGACCGACUCUUCAGUCACACACAUUCAGAAAGGAGACAUUUAACAGAAUGUCCAAGCUGCUCUCUUCCAUAUAAUUAAGAUGACCAAGAAAAAAAAAAAAAAACACAAUAAUAACUUGUGCACUAUAUUUCUAGUUUCUGAAGCCAUAUAAUGUUUUCUGUGAGGAACAGGCUCAAAUGUAAGUCAUCAUUUACUAAUGAAUCAUGAAAAUCGACAUCCCUGGUCACCAUUCACUUACAUUGUAUGGAAAAAUAACAGCCUGGACACUGAGACAGUCAAAAGUUUUGAAAGACAAUAGACAAAAUGUUCAUUUUUGGGUGAACUAUUCCUUUUUUACUAGCCCUAUGAAAAGAAAUUUCCACAUGGAUUGAAUAUGAUCAGUUAGUCUUCAGCUAAAUGGUAAAUACUACAGAGCUUUGUAUUGAAACAUAAAAAAGUACAUUAAGAUUCUGUUAGAGUAUGAAAGUUGCUGUGUGUGUGUAUAUGUGAAUGAGUGAUGAAAUGUAAUGCUUUCCACCAACAAUACAAAAAACGGUAGAUAUAUUUCCAUUAACAAACCAGCAAUUGUUUUCAUAUCAGGAGUAACACACCUCCACAUGUCAUUAGGAUAAGAAUGUGCUGCGGUUUUGUAUUUUUAAGUUUGUUUUAUCAUGACUUUCAGCAAAGUGCAAUAAAGGCCAAGGGAAUCGAGCCUGGUGAGUCAAUUGCUCACCUCUCCUCAAGAUGGAUAUAUAAUUUCCAGCUGUUUCUAGAGGGACUUUCACUACCGCCCUCUGUAAAUAUCCACUUUCUCUCUGGAAAAGAGUCCUGCCCUCCGAAACGAAUGCAUAAGAACUGUGACAGAAAUGUGCGAUGCUGUAUGUGGUUCUGAUCCAUCUCCUCUUCUGUGUGAAUCACAUGAAUCGGUGAACGAAGGGUAGUGUUUUAUAGAGCUUCCUUUUAGGCUACCUCGUUUCUGUUCACCCGUUGGACCGGUUCAGUUUUCUAUGUCGGUAAUGACUACUGAUGCCGUAAAUGAAAACUUUGUAAGUGACGCAAUAUCGUAGUUUGAAGAGGCAAGUAUUUAUUCUCCCGGGGGAAUUGUGUCUUUUUGAAAUGCAACCAGUAGAUCAGUCAAUUUUCAAGUUUAUUCAAUUAUAAUAGGAUUUUUCAAUUGGCGAUUAAGUAUGUUGUAAAUUGACUAAUGUUAAAGAAGGCUAUGUUGUCAUUACAUGUAUUACAUUCAGAGGUGUUUAAGUGUAGAGCGCCAGACAGAAAUUUUCAGAAAUGGAAGCUUUUUUUUUUUUUUUUACAAAAUAAUAAUUAAUAAUUCAUGGUGCAAUGUCUUGUGCAACAGCCAAAUCAAGCCUACACUUCAUAUUAGGGUGAUUCUUCAAUUAGGGGAAUUUUUCAGUGCCCUAGGGUGGCAUUAAGGGGAAAUUUCUGUCAUUUUAUCUAUUUUAUCCUAAUAAUAUAUUCCGUUUAUUUGGAUUAUUUGUAGUUUUAUUAUUCUUUUUCUCCAAUACCAGUCAUUAGAUUUUUGAUUCACAAUUUUUUUUUUUUUUUUUUUUUAAGAACCGUCACGUUAUUUCUACUUGAACGUUAAAAUCAUAAAUGUUGUAUGAAACAAUUUGAAGAACAUUUUGUCGUGAUUUCGUGUACUCAAAAAUGCCUCUAAUUGCAGAAUCGCCCAUUAAUAGACUUGAAGUCCUUCCAAACGACAUGGCAUUUUACUCAAAUAGAUGGAAUCAUCGAGUCCUUUAUGUACUUUUCUAUAUUUUCAUUACUGUUCUGUAAGGGCAAUAGAGUGUGAAAUUCACUUGACACAACUAGGAUCUUUUGAGACUUCAUGUUUUUUAUCCAUCAAACUGUGAACUGAGUGGAUGUGUGUGCAGGUUUGAAGUACUUAUGGGGUCUUCCCAUCCAUAUUAUCAACACAGAUGUAAACUGUGAGGUCGUUUGACUUCUUCAUCCUCUCUCACGCACCACCUUCAGUGUGGUUGCUUUGUGUGGAAAGUCUUUUGAUGUGUGCUUGACCUCAUUUUCUUUCUUAAUAUGGACAUUAAUACUGUAAGUACAUCCUUUAUAUUCGGGCUGAGCGAGUUGUUGUUUUAUUUCUGUAUUUCUCUUAAUUUUUUGCGUGUAUUAAACUCUGAGAUUUAUAGCACAACCGAGCAUUCUGGAUAUUGGCUGUUAUUUUAUUAUGGUUGCUCCAGUGUAUGGAUGUGUGAUUGAAUGAGUGUGUGUGUGUUUGAUUUAAACAUGCCGUUUUUAUGUUUUUAAGCUUGUAAAACCACCAAUUAGAUGCGUAAUACAAGCAUACUGACACUAAAAUGAGAAAUUGUGAGAUUUCAAGAUUACAAGCAUUCUGAAGCUGAAACUGGGCAUAUGUUUUGUUCACAAAAUAUGCAGGCUGUAAUAUUUUAUAAAUAGAUUUUUAAGGCUAUUAAACUAGAGAUUUGUUCCAAAUGUAACUUUAAAUGUAGCCUGGACUUUUAAGAGAUGGUGAUCUCAUUGAAUCUGUGCCUAGUCCAUGUAGUGGGUGUUAUAUUUUAUUGCUUACAAUUUAUGGUGUAAAUCAAACUAAAUCACCAAAAUCUCCUUUGUGUCAUUCAACCCACAAAAGAGCUAAACUGAAUAUUUUAUGGUCAUGAAACUUUUAACAAUCCAGUUUUGCUUGAUAUUCUGAUCCCUUUUAUUUAUUAUUUUGUACAGUGCUUAAAUCUUGUAUUUAGAAAGCAGCAGUAGUAUUGCUGUUUUUUAUUUUAAGGGAUUGUUUUCUUUAGCUGUAUUCUGAAUUAGUUUGUCUAAGAACUAUGAAAUAGUGUCAGAGAUGCUUUAAUAUGAGUGCUUUAUUUUACAACAAUUUUUAGGUUUUUUUUAUAAGUUGUUUGUUUUUUAUUUUAAUGCAGUAUUGUUCAGUGCCCUUUCCGUAUGAAAUAAAUUCACCCCUGUUAACUGCAAAUAUGUUUGAAUAUUAUAGGGUUGUUUGUGGCUCUAUUCUAGUCUUGUUAAUCAAUACUCAGUGUGUUUAUGUUUAAAGAGGAAACCCUGAAGACUGCAUAUCAAAGCAGGUUGAUGGAUCGGUCUAGAAAAGCUGUUAGCAAUAAUGAGCAUUACUGAUUUUGUCAGUCUUCAUGUUAGACUCUUUUCUACUUUGACUGAAACUCCAGUUUUUGGUCUUGUUCAGAUGGAGUCAAGCGUUUCUGAAUGAGGAGAAUGUGAAAUGGAUAAAUGGAAAUAUUUCAGAUUUUGGAAACUCACCCAAUGUGUUCACUUGUCACCCAAAACAGACAUUUUCUUUGCCUUUUUUUUUUUUUAAUAAAUUGACACAUCAAACCAGA